CCCACGUGGAACUCCGAGAUCAACUUCCGGGCCGGGGGGUCACGUGCCCGGAAGUAGUUCCCUCACGUGGUCGCGGCGCGGGUCGGUCACGCGCGCUGUUUACAUGCGUGACAUCACGAGCCCCGCGGCCUCGCGAGGGCACACGGAGUGAGUGCCACACGGGUGCCCCCCCGAGCCCGCCGCGGCAUGGGCGGCGAUGCUGCGAAGCGGCUGCACAGGCUGCGCUCGGGGCUGCGGGCGGCGCGAUUCCACGGCAGCGGCAGAGAUGCCGGGGUCGCCCUGCACGGCCUGGGCGACCACCUCCGCACCCUGGCCGCGGACCGCACGGUGCCCAGUUUGCUACCAAAAGUUGAAGAUCUCUGCGAGGACGUGCUUGACGCCCUGGAGACAUUUAAAGGAGACGUGAACGUACAAGAGGCUGGGUUGGCACUAAUCUGCACCUUGCUGGGCGAGGUGGGGGCUACUGCUGGCUGCCAUGCCCUCGCGGGGUCCGCUCUCUCCCGCCGCUGCUGGCUGGUGGUCAGGAUCCUGGCGAUACACGUGACUCACGUCUCCAUCCAGUCCCUCGGGCUGAGAGCCAUUGCGCUGCUGUGCACAUCAGUUGAAAUUCAACAGGCCCUAUUACACCAAUCAUUGGACGUGUUUUCUGUUGUUGUCACGGCCAUGAAAAAACAUCUGAUGAGUGAAGAGAUUCAGUUGUAUGGAUGCCAGGUGCUACAUAUUUUGCUCCGUCAAGUGCCUGAGGAGGAGCUCGCCCAGUUUGUGGAGACCAAGGAGCACAGGGUCCUGGCCAGUGCUGCCUGGAGGUUUCCUGCUCAGCCCGAGGUCGUGUCUCACGCGCUCGCCGCCCUGCACACGCUCGCCUCUGUGGAGGAUAACUGUGAGGCCUUCAUGUCAGGCUCCGAGCGUUGCUACAAUCUGGCGGUGUCAGCCAUGAUGUCCCUGCCUGGCAGUGCAGCCGUGCAGGAGCGUGGCUGUGCGCUGCUGCUCCUGCUGUCCUCGUGUGGCUUUGGAGAUAUCCUGGUGCUGAACGGAGCCCAUGGUGCCAUCUUGCAGGCCCUGCGCUCCUGCCCAGAGAGCGGCGCUAUCCAGGCGUCCGGGCUCGCCUGCCUCUCCCGGCUCGCGGACGCCCUGGUGAAGCUGAGUGUCCGAGACGGGGAGGCGGAGAGGGGGAGGGAUGGCGCUGAAGAGGAGAGCGUGCGGUGGAGCGUCCUCGUGGAUGACGCUGCUUGCUGGCACUGGCUGGAGGAGGCCCAUGCUGCCCUGGAGACGCACGGCGGAGACGCCGGCGUGCAGGAGAGUGCUUGCAUGGCUCUGGCUCAGCUCCUGUCCCUGCAGCCCAAGCUGCAGCUCUCCGUUGGAGAUGGUCCAGGCCUGAUUCCGGUGCACAGGGCAGUGGUGAUGGCUGUGCUGCUGCACCCUCACUCCGCAGCUGUGCUGUGUGCCGCAACAGACGCCCUUCUCAGCAUGGCUUCUGCGUGCACGGCCCAGGUGAAGUGCGCUCUGCUUGAGAAGCAGACGCUGACGGCGCUGCUGCAGGCCAUGGAGGAGCACGGGAGCUGUGCGCGCAUGCAGCGCGGCGCCUGUCUGUUGCUGGCGCUGCUGCUCGCCGGCCGCGAGGUGCCCCUGGACGUGAUGACGUUGGCGGUGAGUGCCAUGGCGCUGGCCAUGCGGAGGCACGCGGGCGAGGGAGAGGUGCAGCUCGCCGCCAUGAACGCUGUGAUUUCGCUUCUAUCUCCAGGUGAGGAAGAGAAGGCUGCGGGAUACCCCCCAUCUCCCGUGCAGGAGGAGCCCCUGAGUGGCGAGAUGCACCUCGCGAUCGUUCGAAACCAGUGCUUGGUGGAAGGGCUUCCUCGCCUGGCUCUCAAGGCCAUGAACAAGUUCAUCAGCGAGCUUGCGCUGCAGGAGGCCGGCCUGAGGGUGCUGGAGUGUCUGGCGGCAGGAGAGGGAGCGCCCGAUUUGCUCCUGCAGCAGGGGGCCACAGACAGCACCCUGCACAGCAUGCAGACCUACCCACUCGAGAGAGACGUGCAGCUGGCUGGACUGAACAUCCUUGGCUUCCUGACUCCGCUCAGGGUCUGGGGUAGCACGACCCUCAGCGUUCUGGCCGAAGUCAUCACCGUGGCCAUGCAAGCCUUCGGCGAGUACGAGGACAUACAACUGCAGGGCUGCAGCUUGGCUUUGGCUCUGCUCAAGUCCAGCCCUCAGGCGCCUAAGAUAUUCCUGAAGGUGUCAUUCCACAACAUUCUCUUCCCCAUCAUGAAGUCGCUCAUCCUCAGGAACAAACAGUGUCAGUUCCUGGCAGUGUGCAGCCAGUGCAUGGUGUGCAUGACGAGGCGGCAGGGCGUGCGGGACUCCAUGCUGCGUGCGGCGAGCGAAGCCGGCGACGCGGAGCUUGCGGAGUUCCUCCUGCUGCUGGAUGCUGACCCCAACGAGAGCACGGGCCACGACAGCUUGCUCUGCAAAGCUUGUGCCCAGCAAGACGUCGCUCUGACGGAGCUGCUGCUGAAGCACGGCGCCUGCGAGGCGGACGUGCACGCUGCCCUUCGGCAGAGCCUGGCGCACGGCAACGCGGACAUCGUGGGCCUCCUGCUACACAGGCUCGGCAGCGACCCGGCCAACAAGGCCGUGUCCCUGGGCCGACUCCGUCUGGCUUCCCUCCACGCCGCGUGGCUCCGGCCGCUGUUCACGCAGUCAAAAAGACACGCUGGCAGGACCGGAUUGGGCGUCGGAUCGCGGGUUGCUGGCUUCGUGCUGCAUUGGCUGGAGGAAGCCGGCUCGCCUGCUGUGGGCGGCAGUGUCCCCGCCAGCCUGUGGGAGAUGGACCUGGGAGGAAGCGCCCUGUGGGACGGAGCCCUCCUGGGGAACAGCUUUGGCAAGGACGACACGGAUGGGACGAAGCUCGCGUUCAAACUCUGGGGAGACGUAUCAGGUGGGGCAUGUGAUGCGAGUGUGGAAUCGCCGAGCCCCACGGCAUCGCAGAAGACCCAGGAAGGCGCGCACGACGUCGUGCACAGCGUAGACCUGUCCGGUAACGAGCUCUCUGGCGACAUAAGCGGGGUGCUGCUAACCCAGUGGCUCAUGCCUCACCUCUCCAAGCUGCUUCGGCUGGACCUGCAGCAGAACCGCCUGACGGCGAUUUCCCCAGCUCUCGCCACCGCGCUGAAAAGCCUCACUUCGCUGAACCUGAGCGACAACGGCUUUCAAGAAUUCCCUCGAGCUGUGCUGCUGAUAGAAAGCCUCACUCACCUGGGCCUCUCCCACAACUGCCUCGCGUCGCCGCUUCGCUUCGACAGCCCCGUUCGGUGCUCCCACCUGCGCACUUUUAACCUGUCCCACAACGGCAUGGCGGCGUUUCCCGAAGGGCUCCCCUCGUCCUUCGGCAACCUGGACGAGCUGCUCCUGGAAGGGAAUAAAAUAAAAUCUAUCCCAACCGGUCUAAUCCUUCCGCACCUGCGGCACUUGGACGUGAGUCGGAAUGACCUAGGAGGCCUGCCGGGAGACCUGGCCACGACGCUCCCAGCCCUGGAAACCCUCCUCAUCUCCCACAACCGCUUGGGAUUGGUGGGAAACCUACCCAGUAAGUUAAGCACAGUAAAACUAUCGGACAACGAGCUGGACGCCGUGCCAUCAACCAUUCUCAAUCUACAACAGUUGAGGGUUGUGGACCUCGGCAGCAACUGCAUCACGGUGGUGCCGAGGCCCAGCCUCUGGAGGACCGGGAUGCUGAAGGAGCUGCUGCUGGGCAACAACCUCGUGGAGGCCGUCGAGCUGACGGGAGCCUCCGGGACCUGGGCCCGCCUUGAAAAGCUGCACCUCGGACACAACCGAAUGACAGAGGUUCCAAAAGGGAUCGGACAAUUGGAGAGCCUCACGUCGCUGGACCUGAGCUACAAUGACAUCACGACCCUGCCCAACGAGCUGGGCGGGUUGCACCGCCUCUGGGACCUGCAGCUCGACGCUCUCAAGCUCGACCUGGACCUCACACAGUUUGGGAAAACCAAAGACCUGCUGAGGUUCCUGUAUCAUCGGCUGCGGAAGGCCGUUCCCUACAACCGCAUGAAGCUGAUGGUGAUGGGCAGCGCGGGACGCGGCAAGAGCACGCUGCUGAGACGGCUGCAGCGCGAGAAGCUGCUGGUGUCCACGGCGACACUGGGCGUGGACGUGCGUGACUGGGCCGUCCUCCACCGCCAGCGCAAAUACGUCCUCAACUGCUGGGACUUUGCUGGACAGGAGGAGUUCUACAGCACCCACCCGUGCUUCAUGUCUCAGCGGGCGCUCUACGUCCUGGUGUACGACGCAAGCCGGGGCCCCGACGAGGUGGCCAGCCUCAGGCCGUGGCUCAUGAACAUCAAGGUGCGGGCUCCACUGUGUCCGGUCAUCCUCGUGGGGACACACGAAGAUAAAAUAGCCGCUGAAGAAAAGGAAACGCUGAUGCGGAGUAGUGUGCGCUGCAUUGAGGAGCUCUGCACAGAGAUUCAGCUGACGAACAUCGCGGACCACAAGGUGGUGUGCUGCCUGGAGGAGAGCGGCAACAUCAAAUCGCUGAGAGAAAGCAUCGUCCAAGCGGUCAGAGACUUUAAGAUUAAAGGGCAGCCCGUGAUGGGGCAGCUGAUCCCGCACAGCUACGGGCAGCUGGAGGAGCGGCUGUGCGUGGAGCGCGGCCGCCUGGCCGCCGGAUUCCCCGUGAUCUCGCGCUCGCGCCUCCAGGAUCUUGUCGCCGACAGUCAGAUCCCUCUGGACAGCGAGGAGCUGCCGCACGCCACGAGGUUUCUGCACGAAGCUGGUGUGCUGCUGCACUACGACGACCCCGCCCUGCAGCUCACGGACCUCUACUUCCUCGACCCUCAGUGGCUCUGCAGCUUAAUGGCCCAGGUGGUGACGGUGCGCGAGGUGAACCCCUUUGGCAGCACGGGGCUGCUGCGCCGUGCCGACGUGGAGGCCUUCUUGCUGCGGAGGAGCGGCUUCCCCCAGGAGUACGUCGGCCACUACAUCCGCCUGCUCGAGCGAUUCCAAAUCGCCCUGCCGCUGGGAGACCACGGCGACACGCUGCUCGUGCCUAGCAGCCUCCCUGAAGGGCGUCCCGCACUGGAGCUGCCGGGGGAGCCGGGGGAGCUGGUGCUCACCCGCUGGUACUGCAUGCCCUACUUCCCCAUGGGCUUCUGGGCUCGCCUCAUUACCAGAAUACUCGCCUUCUCGUCCUACAUGCUCUCCGCACCAGGUUCCUUUCUGCAGCCCUCGCGCAAAUACUGGCGCCAGGGCCUCUCCCUGCACUGGGGCCCAGAUGCCUACUGCCUUCUCGAGGCCGCAAACUUGAAGUACUGUCCGACAGACAGCAGCCUCAAGAUCACCGUGCCCAACUCCAAGAGAGGCUGGGUGCUGCUGGGCCGCGCUGUGGACCACGUGGACUCGCUCAUCGAGGAGUGGUUCCCCGGGCUCCUGGAGCCUCACGACGGCUCGGAGAGCAGCGCCGCGCUGCUGCACCAGUGGGCCGGGCUGGGGCCCGCGGACGACCCGCAGCCGCCCUGCGUGCGCUUGGCCGCCCUGCAGGACAUCGCCGAGUCCGACGACGUUGUGUUCUUUCCGAGAGUCGGGGAGAGGCACUCGAGCGGACCAGAGGAGGAGCGGGAGCAGGAGACCCGGAUCCCCAUUGCCCAGCUGGCGCCCGAUGUGGUGCUGGCCGACGUUCCCGACCACCUUCAGCUCGAGCUGUCCAGCUUCACCCUGGAGCAGUCUGCCGAGCACCUGUUAGGUGAAGGAGGGUUUGGAUCGGUCUACCGGGCGCUGUACGGCGGAGACCAAGUGGCCGUGAAGAUCUUCAACAAACACAUCUCUCAAACGCAUCCGCACCGCCUCAUGAGACAGGAGUUGGCAGUCCUCAGCCGCUCGCGCCACCCAUCGCUCGUGUCCCUCCUGGCCGUGGGGCUGCGCCCACGGCUUCUGGUAAUGGAGCUGGCGCCACGGGGCUCCCUCGCCGGCGUGAUGGAGCGGGAGGGGGAGCUGCACCGCACCCUCAAGCACCGCAUCGCCCUGCACGUUGCACAUGGCCUCCGGUUUCUGCAUGCCUCCAUGAUCAUUUACCGCGACCUGAAGCCAGACAAUGUGCUGCUGUUUACGCUGCAACUGAACGCAGCGGUCAUCGCCAAGAUUGCCGAUUACGGCAUCGCACGGCACUGCUGCACCAUGGGCAUGGUAUCUCCCGAUGGCACACCCGGCUACCGCGCCCCCGAGGUGGUGAAGGGAGGCGUCAUGUACGACCAGCAGGCCGACGUGUACGCGUUUGGGCUCCUGCUCUACGACCUGCUGACGGGCGGGCGGCGCAUCGUGGAGGGGCUGCGCUAUCCUCACGAGUUUGACGAGCUCGCCUCCAGCGGGAAGCUGCCCGACCCAGUGACUUACUACGGCUGCAGUCCGUGGCCAGACGUGCAAGAGCUCAUCGCAGCCUGCCUGCAGCCAGAGCCUCAGCAAAGGCCCGCGGCCUCGCAGCUCGUGUCGCGUUUGGCCUCCCCCGAGUUGCUGAGCCUGGUGGCCGUGGUGGCUGCCCCUGUGAGGAGGCCACCUCCUGACCUCGUGGUGGUCGGCCAACUGGAGGGCCCCAACGUCUGGCUGUCCGGAGGAGAUCAACCUCGGGAUGGCUCUUCCGGAGAGGCCGAGAGCGAUCUACAAAUUAAUGGACAAGCAGGGGAGGAGGAGGACCCCUUGCAGCCAUCGGAUGAAAAAACGUCCGGGGUCGAGCUCUGCUGCCUUGACCUCACUGGGAAGGUUCUGCACAGAGAGGUGCUGCCAGACCAACGGGUGCUGAGCUUGUGCUCGGCAGAGGUGAACAAGCGUCAGUGGGUGCUGGCGGGGACACGGUCGGGGCGCGUGUGGGCCGUGAGCGCCGCCUCCGAACGUGGCCGUCACUCCCUGCACUGCCUGGCAGAGCCGGUCACGGCGCUUCUCUUCGUCGCUGCCUACCAGAACGCAAGUGCAGUGCUGGCCGGGACGGCGAAUGGGACGUUGGCUGUGUUCCUUGUGAACUCACUCGAGACUCCCGGCUGUGUCGUGAACACGGUGCACGGCGUGGGCUCGCCGGGCCGGCCUGUCACGUGCCUGACCGUGGCGCCUUCUGCGCCGCUCGAGAGGACCGUGUGGGGCGCGUGUGGGACGCAGCUGUUUGCUCUUAACAAUAACUUACAAGUGGCCAAAGUCAUCGAAGCUACACCCAUGGGAAGCAGGAGAGGCGCGGUUCCUGGGUCGUCCGUUGCAUGCAUGGCCGUGGGGAAGCAGGUGUUCACGGCGACGGAGGGCACGUCCCGACUGCAGGUGUGGGACAUGACGAUGGACUGGGGCCACGGAGCCAUCGACUGCGCACCGCUACUCAGGGAGCAGUAUGGGCGCGACAGGCAAGCGGCGCACGUGCAGAGCCUGCUGGUCCAGAGGAACACGGCGCUGUGGGUGGGAACCAGCGGGGGGGUCCUGCUGCUGCUGGACGCGCUGUCCCGGCAGCCCCUGCUCGUCACACAGCGGCUGCAUGGACCACUCCGCCACCUUCUUCCUGCGCAGAGCUCCUCGGAUCGGUAUCCAAAGAAUUUAAUAUUUGCACUUGGAUCAAACAUCGCAAAGAAGGAUGACAAAGCUGGUGCUGUGUGCGUCCUGGUGUGGGAUGCCAACUUGCCGCACCACGCACGGAACCUGCAAAACCACCUGGCUGUCCGGCACGAUUUGGAGGCCAAAAUGCUGAAUGGACCCUUCAUGGAAUGAUAUUGAAAUACGUUGACAGCCUCACUAGAGUGUCUUAAUUAUGUCCGCCUCAAUUAAACUGCACUACAAAUGACCUGUUUACAAUAGGAAUACACUGUUGCCUUGCUAAAUACUGAGAUUUUUAAAGCACAUCCCCCAAAACACCCUUCCCUCUCUCUCCCCUGGAUGGAGCUGAAGGAUGAUCAGUAAUGUCCCAGUGAGAGAUAUCCUAUUGAACCAAAGUAACACUAAGAAAGUAACGACUACACAAGCACCUAUUUGGUUUACAAUCCUCGUUGAGGACUAGCGUUGCUGCUUUACAUCAAAAUAUUUAUGCUGUGGGUUUGUUUACUUAAGUUUUUCUCCAGCCAACUGUUAUUUAAUUCUAGCUUUACUUGCAGAAAUGAAAAAAUUGUGGUCUGGUUGCAAGGGAAAUAAAUUGAUCAAAGAAUAAACACUGUUUACAAUCA